AUGUCGCUAGUGCAUCUUGCCAACGUUGGCGCUCACUUGCAAAACUGCUCGAUGGCCAGAUUGCCGCUGGCCAAGAUCCCGUACACCAAGCUCCACUUGAAGGUGGCUCUGGGACUGUACCAACAGGGAUUUAUUGACUCUGUGACUCGAGGCUCUGUUGCUGGACCAGACCCUACACCGGUGGAAGUCACCUACGACAACAUCGCCACGCGCCGGCUGUGGCUGGGCAUGAAAUACCGUAACGACAGGCCCGUUUUGAGCAAAUUCCAGCUGAUCUCCAAGCCAAAUAGAAGAGUCUUUGUCACCGUGGAAGAAAUGGAGCAGCUGGCUUCGGGAAAGAAGCUCAGAUACAUCAACCAGCUCAAGCCCGGCGAAAUUGUGUUUGUGAGAACGAGAGACGACCAGGUGAUGACGCUGAUCGAGGCUUUGAGGAGAAAUCUCGAGUGCGAGCUGCUUUGUAGAGUGCAGUAA